AUGAGGCCUGGCAGAAGACUAUCUUUCCAAGGCCAAUGUUUCACUGUUGAGGAGUGUCGUUCAUGGCAUCUACCUCAACAUGUAUCUGACGACGUCAUUGGGGAGGAAGAUGAAGAGGACUAUAUAGAAAGAGCUUGUGGUAAGAGCAAGGAUUACGAGACCAAGUGGGCAAACAAUGGGAUGCAAGUUUCAAAGGAUGUGGAGUGGAGUACUGUCAACAAGGGGAAGGGGGUGGCGGAGGGAGAGGAGACGAAGAGUAAGGGAAGGCUACUGGUUUGCAAGGAAAGGAAAAGGUCACAUAUGAGGAGUCAUCAACUGGUGUUCAUUCCUCAACUUUAG